CCGCGAUCUUAGAUUCGCACCCACACCCAUCGUGUCCCACAGUCCUUCCUCGCACGCUUCCAACCCUAUCUCAAUCCAACUCGAAUGCCCAGGUUGUAAACUUACAUGCAUCAGCAUCGAUACCACUGUUCCCGAAUUCACCCCUACCAUCGCCGAGCGAGUUCUGUACGCAUGACAACCCCUCUGGCGUUGGAAACGACAACCUUCCAACACCCACCGGGCCGCCAGUGGCAGAUUAUCUUCCUUCUGGAAUUAUGAUCAACCGGGUUGAAGCAAGUCAAGCUAGUGGUCGUACCAGAGCUCGUCAUCGGACGAAAAUGAAGGGAAUUCCAUGUGUUAGCGAGACAAUCUCCACCCGUCGUGCAGGUCAUUCUGUCAAGAUCCAAUCCCGGAGCCGGAUAAAACCGUCCGCUGUGCGCCCACUCACGGAUCGGAACGUACCCACACGCUGUGGCUGGCAGAAUGAAGAUGGCAGACCGUGUGGUGCACCCGUCACAUACAACAAUUGUGCAGAGCAUUUUGCCGCCGUCCAUGAAAUCAAGAACAUAGCGGCAAAGGUCGAAGUGCUCUGCCGGUGGUGUGCCCUAAGUACGGAAAAGAAGGUCACUCGAAAAAACAUACUCAGGCACCUGAGGGAAGCACAUUUGUGCUGCCCCCGAUCGAGAAAGGGAAUCAUAAAAUGUUUUACCGACACUGACGACCUCGCUCCUCCUCUUUAGUGAUCACAUAUGGCGCCAUCUGUUGGUCGCACGCACCGCUUUGCCACUUUCUCCUCUGUAACGGUCUUGGUGACUGGCUUAACAAACAAGAUCGCAAACGCGCCCUACACCAUCUUUUGCACUGAUCGAUGGGCGAGAUCAUCUUCACGCGCAUGCGUGAUGCACAGGUAGUCGAAACUG